AUGGAGAAGCGUAAGAAAGAGGAAAAUAUUGAACUAGGUUCCGUACCUACUGAUGAUGAAAGUGAAAAUGUUGCAUACGAAUCCUGGAAGUUACGAGAGAUGAAGCGAUUGAAAAGGAACAGAGAAGAGCGUGAACAGUUGGCAAGGGAGAAGGCCGAAUUUGAGCGUGUUCACAAUAUGACAGAGGAAGAGCGUUUGAAAUAUCUGCGUGCAAAUCCCAGAAUUAUCACGAAUCAGGCCGUCAAAGGCAAAUACAAGUUCUUGCAAAAGUACUACCAUCGUGGUGCGUACUACCUCGACGAAGAGGAUGAGGUGUAUAAGCGGAACUUCGCGGAAGCCACUGCGGAUGAUGUGUUCGAUAAGACCGUACUUCCUAAAGUUAUGCAGGUGAAAAACUUCGGAAAAGCUUCACGUACGAAAUAUACACAUCUUACCAAUGAAGACACCACCGACCACCAGGGAGUAUGGGCGAGCGCAAAUAACCUCAACGUACAAUUCUUCAACAAGAAAGCUGACGUUGAACGGACGAUCAUAGAUUACUGUCUUAUCAAGCGAAGUGGCAUGGAGGUCCACUCGUUAUUUUUUGACUUGCGGAGUCUGUAUGACACAAGACGGUUGCGAAUCUGGGAGGUAGAGACUGGGAAGUGCAUCAAAACGCUGAAGGGCCACACGAACUACGUCUUUUGCUGUGCCUACAAUCCGCAAUGUACGAUGGUAGCCUCGGGAUCGUUCGACGAAACGGUUCGAAUUUGGGACCUGCGCACGGGUCUGUGCACGAAGGUCUUACCUGCUCAUGCUGAUCCUGUCUCUGCGGUGUCUUUCAAUCGUGACGGCACCUUGCUUUGUUCGAGUUCGUAUGAUGGCCUGGUGAGGAUCUGGGAAACAGCGAAUGGGCAAUGCGUAAAGACGUUGGUUGACGAUGACAAUCCACCAGUAGCGUUCGUGAAAUUCUCACCCAACGGCAAGUACAUUCUGGCCUCCACACUUGACAGCACACUGAAAUUGUGGGAUUUCACGAAAGGCAAAUGCUUGAAGACUUAUACCGGACAUGUGAAUCAGAAGUACUGCAUCUUUUCGAAUUUCUCCGUAACUGGUGGCAAAUGGAUUGUGUCGGGCUCUGAAGACAAGAAGAUCUAUAUCUGGAAUCUGCAGACUAAGGAAGUGGUACAGACGAUAGAUUGCCAACAGGACGUUGUACUGGCCACGGAUUGUCAUCCGACGCAGAACAUCAUCGCAUCUUCAGGUCUGGAAUCUGAUUUUUCAAUUCAUUUGUGGAAAAGCGAUUUCUGA